AUGAAUUUUAGGAAGAAUAACUCCGGAUACUUUGGAAACAGAAAGGGAAUCAGUAUGGAAGACAAAAAAGUGAAAGUUCCUCCAAAUGUCAACCUUUCGUUAUGGGGAAAGAACACGGUAGAAAGCGAUGUUCAUCGCUUCAAUUCUCUUCCAUCAAAAAUUAGUGGUGCUCUCACUAGAGAACAGAUAUACUCCUACCAAGUGAUGUUUAGGAUUCAAGAAAUUACCAUCAAACUGCGCACAAACGAUUUUGUUCCACCCUCAAGGAAAAAUAGGUCGCCUUCUCCGCCUCCAGUUUACGAUGCCCAAGGCAAAAGAACGAAUACCCGUGAACAGAGGUAUAGAAAGAAACUAGAGGAUGAACGUAUAAAGUUGGUUGAGAUAGCCUUAAAGGCUAUUCCCUACUUUGUUCCUCCAGAUGAUUACAAAAGACCAACGAGAUUCCAGGACAAGUAUUAUAUCCCUGUGGAUCAGUAUCCUGAUGUCAAUUUCGUAGGUUUGUUAUUAGGUCCUCGUGGACGUACGUUAAGAAAGCUGCAAGAAGAUUCUAACUGUAAGAUCGCAAUAAGAGGAAGAGGCUCAGUUAAAGAAGGUAAAAACGCUAGUGAUUUACCUCCAGGCGCCAUGAACUUUGAGGACCCCUUGCAUUGUUUAAUUAUCGCAGACUCAGAAGAUAAGAUCCAAAAAGGUAUAAAGGUUUGCCAGAACAUUGUUAUUAAAGCAGUGACAUCUCCCGAGGGCCAGAAUGAUUUGAAACGAGGACAACUGAGAGAAUUAGCGGAACUUAAUGGUACUUUGAGAGAAGAUAACAGGCCCUGUCCAAUCUGUGGUCUAAAAGAUCAUAAAAGAUAUGACUGUCCAAAUAGAAAGACCCCAAAUAUACAGGGCAUUGUGUGUAAAAUAUGCGGACAAACCGGACACUUUAGUAGAGAUUGUACAUCGUCGUCUCAAAGAAUGAGCCGUUUUGACAGAAACGCCACCGUAAAUGAUUGUUCUUCAAUUCCAAGCAAAGACGUACACUAUAAUAACAAUACUUACCCAAAUCAAGCGCCAAAAAGAUCCCGUUAUGAUAACAAUUCGAUGGAUUCUCCUUCAAGAUUCCCAGCUUCUUCACGUUACGCGUCAACGCCUUCGCCACCUGCGUCACAUAUUUCAAGACAAGUUCAAAACGUAACGCCUACACCCCCCCCUGGCCUAACUUCGAGUAACUUUAGUUCUGGAGUUCCAGGAAUGGCUCCUCCGCCACUGCAAAGCUCUCCAGAGUCAGAGCAACCAAAUUUUUCCCUUCCUCCACCUCCUGGUAUAACUACAGUACAAUCCUCAAUUGUACCUCCUCCUGGGCUAAGCGGACCUCCAGGUUUCUCUAAUAAUACGGACGAUGACCUUAAGAAAACCAAACCUCCAGGACUUCAAGGGCCUCCCGGAUUAUAA